GUUCUUUUUCACGGACUACAUUUUAAGAUGGCCGGCAUUGCUAAAUGCUAUCGUUUUUCGGCAUUUUCAUGUAUGGAAUUUUCAAAUAUAGUCAACGGACAUACAUUGGUUGACGGUUCAUAUAAAAGAGUAGUCUUGGAAAACGGAAAUAUUGGCUUAAUACCUGUUAGCGGUGGAGAAACCAUGGCCUCUCAGGAGGAACAAACAGCUGAAGUAAUGAGUAUGCUAGGACAGAUCGCAGAAACAGCAGGAACAGCUCAGGAUAUUCCUAUGGAAACAGCCGAAUUGGAUAAGUUUCUUGAAGGUUCUGAUUUACCUGAAGCUGCUCCGGAAGAAGCUCCAGCCGAAGCUAAACCAGUUGAGGACGAAUCCUUGAAAUAUGUUCAGUCGAUGCAUAAGCAACUAACUAGCAAAUUUCCAUCCAUUAAUGAGCACAAAGAGAAGCCUCUCCAGUGCCCGAAGUGCUCCAAAAAAUUUCAAAGAGACUCGCAGUUAACAGCUCACAGUCGUUAUCACAUUCUCAAGGAAAAAGGAAAGUUGACAAAAAAGAGUAACAAACGAAAAAAUAAAAAAAAUUUGCGUUCCUAUAAAUGCCCAUUUUGUGCCGAAACACGUAGCAGAGAAGGUCUUAUCACUCACUUGGAGGAUCAUUAUGCCACAAAAGAUGUCGCGGUUCGUCUUGGGUCUCGUCUUGACAAAGACGGAAAGAGGCGAGCGGACGGAUAUGUGUACUAUGGCGCUAGUAAAAAUCCAGUACGCUCCAAAACCGGUGCUAAGAGGGGAAGGCCGCCAAAAAGCCAUUAUGCAAAUUUAGGUCGGGAUGGAUCAGGUGUAAAACCUCCUGUUACUGUUUCUAAACGUAAACAGAUGGGCGAUUAUGGACGUGGUGAUUUUGUCUACUUUGAUGAUGAAGAAGAAGAUGAAGUAAUGUGCAAAUUAAGUUUAAAUUUCCAAUCUAACGUUGAACACCUUCAGGCCGCUGAAGAAUCAGAAGAUGAAUAUACUCCUGAUAAAGAGGAGGUUCAUGAGGCCGAAAAUGAAGAGGAGGCUGAGGAAGAAGAAGAAGACGAAGAUAAAGCUUCAAAAGCAGCUAAUGCUGCCACUCAAAAUAAGAUUCAGGCUACGGGAGUUACAUCGACAGAUAUGAAGGAAGGCAAAAUACUGCAUACGCCCCAGGGUACCUUCAAAGUUGUUCGAGUUAUUCCACAACCUGGCGGUGGACAAAGAGUACUCGUUGUACCUUAUUCUGAAGACGAAAAAGAAAAAGCUCAAGCUGGUGCGGUUGUUACCAAACCAACAACUCCUGGUUCUGCUAAUACCAAUAGCAUAAGGGGUCGAGGUGCAGUGUCUGCUGGAGUAAGAGGUCGCGGUCGAGGAAUUGGAAGAGGUCGCGGUAGGGAUCCCGACGACCCAGACUGGACUGAACCUGACACACCAAGAGGUCGUGCAACAGCAAAUAGAGGCUAUAUUCCUAGAGGUCGUCCACGUGGACGACCACCAAAGAGUGGGGGAUUCUCACCUAGAACAGAAGCUAAAUAUACUUAUUUAGAGGAUGGAACUAAAGUUAGAGAAUUAACAGAAGAAGAAAGUGGACAGACCAUCAUUCAACAAGUUAAGGAAGGAGAAAAUGUUUCUUUGAAAUUACCUAACGGCCAAAUUGUUAGCUUGAAACCAAACAAGAAGUACAACAUAAGCUAUAAAAAGUCUCAAACUGAGUCUAUCAGCUACGUAAUUAACACACCAUCAAAUAUGACUGGAUAUCCAGGAGCAAAUUCCACACCGAAAAUGGAGGGAGCCGGCACACCUCGUGCCGAUGUACCAGCCCCCAUGGAAGGUGAAGAAGUUGUCGAUCAAGAAGAAAUGGAAACACAAGAGCAACAAGAAGCUCCAGCCGAUACUGCUCCCAAUGCUGAGCACCAACUACCCGAUAAUCUCUUUGAAAAUACGAAAGAUGAUGCACGCGAAAACGCAGCCGUUGAGCAAGCUGAAACAGGUUCAACGGGAGAAGGUGAAGUUCCUCCUGCCCCUCCUGGACAGGAAUAUUUAUUUGUUCCUCAAAACCUCUUGCCAUCUAUAAUGGGAGAUGGACAGGCUGAAGAACAAGGAUUCGAUCCAAAUAGCUCGGAAUAUGUCCGAAUUUUAGUUGAAUCAUCGGUUGUACCAGCCCUUUUAGAUAUGAGUGACCAAAUCAUGAGACCAUCAGAUGUGAUGACACAGAAGGGUGAACCGGAACCGGCUCCUGCGCCAGCCACUUCUAGUCCACCAAUGCAAAGUCUUUUAAAAACACCUCAAACCCAGGCCAUGAUGAGACAAGUUAAGCAACAGCAACAACAGCAGCAACAACAACAACGACAAUCUGGAAGCCAACCUCUUGUUAUAAAGUCUUCAGCAAAGCCUGGAACAAAGCAACAAGUAAUGCUGACUGGAAAUAGUGGGCAACAAAUUGUCGUUGAAGGUAUAGUAAACCAGCAGCAAGAAAUUAUCAUCGAUUCAAAUAUUUUAGCAUUGAUGACUUGA